AUGAAAGCAUGUAAAAUGUCAGUAAUCUAAGUGAAAGUUUAAAAACAAGCUGGAUUAUUUUUUUUUAAUACUUUUCAAAUUUAAUGCUUUUAAUUGCUUUUUCUCUUCGUUGUAAUUGAUUUUAUUAGACAGAUAAGACCUUAUUCAAAAAAAUCAAGGAAUUCAAUGAAAUUUAUUUAUAUUUUGCUGCUGCUUUGUUUUGAUUAUUAAUUAGUAUUAUAAUGUAAUUUAUCCUUUUAAUUAUUAUAAUGUAGAGUUUUAAAAUUCUAAUUUUGUUUCCAAAAGUGGGAGCUUAGACUAAAUGAUAACUGUUGUUGCUUUUCUAAAGUUGAAUAAGAUAAAAUUUAGAGCUAGAAAUGAGUAUUUCUUCAUCAGUUAAAUAUUAUAAAUAGACAUUGUGGAUAUGGUACCAAUACAACUAAUAAAAACCAUUCAGAAUAAUUUAUGAGAUAAAAACAAGAAAAAAGACAAAUAAAUUUAAGCUAACUAGCAAUAUAUUUAGAAUUAAAUUAUAAACAGUACAUAAUUUCUAAUCUUUAGAAUCUCAGAUUAAACAAAACAUUAGCUAUAAAUAAUUAAGUAUAAGCUAUCUAUUUUAUUUUCUCAUCGACUCUUAUUUAAUCUUGUUAAAAUAUUUAGUUUUUUAAAAACAAAAGUUGAUUAAGAAUUUUAGCGGCUUCAAAUAAUAGGAAGGAAGUAAUUAUGAUUAAUACAUUAUUGUUGGAGAUUCCUUGUGGAAAGAUAUGAUGUUGAAAUAAUAAUAAAAUCAUUGCCAUUUUGGACUCAAAUGA